UUCAUCUCUGGGUCUGAGGAGGCGCAGGAGGUGGUCUCAGUGAUGGAACAGUAUGCCGAGGCGUCUGGCUCCAAGGUCAACCAGGACAAAUGUGAAGUUCUCUGGAUGGGUAGAGAGGGUGAGAGUUUCUCGCUCCCAGACACCUUCCCGGUGCCCCAGCCAAGCAUAAAAAAAAUUUUGGGCAUCAAUUUUGGCCAUGCCGAUUAUGGCAAGCUAAACUGGGAAGCCAAGUUGUCUGAUGCAGAGGUCAAGGUCAGAUGCUGGAAGGGGUGGCGGCUCUCCUUAAGGGAAAGGGUUGAUCUGAUCAAGACUUUCCUGAUUCCGGUAUUUCUGUAUGUCAGUUACAUCUGUCUCUUGCCAGAAUCACUCUAUACGAGGGUUUACAACUGUUUCUUCCAGAUGUUAUGGGGAAAUAGGCUAAACCUUGUUAAGCGGAACCUAACUUAUUCAUCCAGGGGGGAGGGUGGCCUAGGUAUGGUCAACCCAGUAGUUUUUUUUUUUUUUUUUUUCUCGCUGAUGUUCUUGAAACAUAACUUUGGUAGCAUGUUGGCAGAGAGAACGUCUGUAUGGGUAGGACUUUCUCGUGCCUGGUUUGGACCCUUUCUGAACAGUUGGGAGAGUGGCGGGCCAGUGAGAAGCCUGCGGGUCAAGCACGGAAACUCCUGAGUGAGAGGAUUGUGGCUACCGCUUUCCAUGUGCCAUUGGCCCUGAAAGAUUACCCAGGCCAUAUCAUGAGGGAGGGUUUGCGUUUA